UCGGGAUCGGGAUGUCCUUUGUACCCUAACUUCCUUUUCCGAUCGGUAGCCAUUGAUUGAAAAUGGGCCGAGUCAUUAGGUCUCAGAGAAAGGGUCCUGGAGGCAUAUUCAAGGCCCACACUAGAAACAGGAAGGGUAAAGCAGCCCUGAGAGCCGUAGACUUUGCUGAAAGACAUGGAUACAUAAAGGGGGUGGUCAAGGACAUUGUCCAUGACCCAGGACGUGGUGCACCUCUUGCUAAGGUAGUGUUCCGUGACCCAUACAGGUACCGUCUGCGUACAGAAACCUUUGUCGCAUCAGAGGGAAUGUACACUGGACAAUUUCUCUACUGUGGAAAGAAGGCCAACCUUCAGAUUGGCAACAUUUUGCCAGUGGGUGCCAUGCCUGAGGGUACCAUUGUUUGUUGUUUGGAGGAAAAGAUGGGAGACAGAGGCAAGAUUGCGCGAGCCUCAGGAGACUACGCGACAAUUAUCUCCCACAACCCAGAUACCAGGAAGUCAAGGGUCAAGCUUCCCUCAGGCUCCAAGAAACUUAUUCCCUCUGCCAACAGAGCCAUGGUUGGUAUCGUAGCUGGGGGUGGACGUAUUGACAAGCCCAUGCUGAAAGCUGGUAGGGCUUACUUCAAGUACAAGGCCAAGAGAAACUGCUGGCCCAAAGUCAGAGGAGUAGCCAUGAACCCUGUGGAACAUCCUCACGGAGGAGGUAACCAUCAACAUAUUGGUAAAGCUUCUACAGUUAGGAGAGAUACACCCGCUGGUAGAAAGGUAGGUCAAGGCCAGAUUUAUCAAGGUCAUACGGGACAGUUAAGAAAAACAUACCUUGGAUUAAAAGUUGCAGGAUUGCAGAAGUAUACAUUAAGUUCCUUGUCCUGAUUUUUAGGGUUUUAGCUUUAUGUUAUCUUUUAUUAAAACAAAACAUCACAUGUUAUGUAAAAUUCAAAUAUUAUUCUAGAAGUUUGGCCUAUAAUGGACCGUGGAAAUCGGCCUGGAUAGCUCAUUGGUUAGAGCACUUGACUCGUAAGAGGCCAGGUUCGAUUCCCAGUCCAGCGAUAAAUUUUCUUUAAUGUCUUUAUACAUGUACAUAUAUUACAUAUGUUCUGUCCCUGAUUAUUAAUGUUACAGUUAAUUGGAGUACAUUAAGGCUUUGAAUAAAGUGGAUGUCACUUUGCAUUACAGGUUGGUCUUAUUGCUGCCAGGAGAACUGGUCGUCUACGUGGAACAAAACAACAGAAACCAUCCGAGAAAGAUUAAUAAACUGUUGUUAUUAUUGUACAGAGAAAUUAAAAAAAAGUGCAACAACAA